CAAUAGAUCUAACAUUAAAAUGAAAGUGGCACUCAUCACAUUGUCUCUUGCUGUCACUUGUUAUACCCAGCAACAGACAGCCAGUGAACCUAUUCCCAUCAUACGAUAUGAUAAUGAAGGGGUGAACGCCGAUGGUUCUUACCAGUGGAGUUUAGAAACUGGAAAUGGUAUUGUCGCACAAGAACAAGGAAAACUGAAAAAUCUAGGUGAAGAAAAUGAAGCUCAAGAAGUUCAAGGAUCUUAUCAAUAUACAGCAAAUGAUGGAACUCCUAUUCAAGUUUCGUAUCUUGCAAACGAAAAUGGGUUCCAACCUCAAGGGGAGCAUUUACCUACCCCUCCACCAGUUCCAGCUGCUAUACAAAGAGCAUUAGAAUUUAUACAGGCUAAUCCACAACCAGAAGAUAAAAAAUCAUAAUUUUAUUUGUGUAAUGGAAAUAAAUGAUUUACAUAACAAUUAGGUACUUAUCAUUGGCUAUUUUUUAAACAUGACGUUUUAUGAUUAUGUAACAACGAAGAGGAAAUAAUAAAUAUAGUUAGAUGUA